UUUUCUACAAGACAAAUCUGUCCCACAACAAACUUUGUCACCUGAGGCCUUCAGUUUUAUAUUCUCCUCUACUAUUAGUCUUUUGUCCUGAGCUGCCCAAUAUACAAUCAUGUCUUGUUCUUCUUCUUCUUCUUCUUCUCCUUUUGUUUUCAUUUGCUUCCUCAUCCUUUUUUACCUCUCACCAACUUCUCUAUCCAAAACCACCAACAAAACCGCCAAAACCCAGCUCUCCGUUGAUUACUAUGCAAAAUCCUGCCCUCAACUUGAGCAACUUGUGGGUUCUGUAACUAGCCAGCAGUUCAAAGAAACACCCGUCUCAGCAGCAGCCACCAUUCGUCUUUUCUUCCAUGAUUGCUUCGUAGAUGGCUGCGAUGGGUCUAUAUUGAUAUCAACAGUGCCAGGAAGCAAAGUGUUAGCAGAGAAGGAUGCAGUGGAUAACAAAGACCUAAGAAAGGAGGGGUUUGAGAGCAUAACAAAGGCCAAGGCCUUAGUGGAGAGCAAGUGCCCAGGUGCUGUAUCUUGUGCUGACAUUCUAGCAAUUGCAGCCAGAGAUUUUGUCCAUUUGGCCGGGGGGCCUUAUUACCAGGUGAAGAAGGGAAGAUGGGAUGGCAAAUUAUCAAUGGCAUCAAGGGUACCUUCCAAUCUACCCCAUUCAAAUUACACCAUUGAUCAGCUGAUAAAGCUCUUUAACACAAAGGGGCUGACAAUUGAGGAGCUGGUGGUUCUUUCAGGGGCACAUACAAUCGGGUUCGCCCAUUGUGAGCAAUUUGUGAGCCGAUUGUAUGACUACCAUGGCACCAAGCAGCCUGACCCUGCCCUUGAUCCAAGGCUGCUGAAGGCACUGAGAAUGUCUUGCCCACAGUCUGGUGGCAACACUGACAUUGUUGCACCAUUUGAUGUUACCACCCCAUUUUUGUUUGACCAUACCUAUUAUGCAAAUUUGGAAGCCAAACUGGGGUUGUUAGCCUCGGACCAACAUUUAUUUUUGGACCCAAGAACCAAAACUCUUGUUCAAGAACUGGGAAAAGAUAAGCAGAAGUUUUUCCAAGCUUUUGCAAUAGCCAUGGAUAAAAUGGGCUCAAUUGGUGUUAAAAGAGGAACAAGACAUGGAGAAAAAAGAAAAGAUUGUAGUGUCCACAUGUAAAGAUUAAUGUUUUCGUUUCUUUUCAUUUUUUCCCUAUCCGUUGAUUUGGUUUUCUUUUUUUUUUAAAGAAUUGUUGUAGAUGAGAAAAUUUUCAAUCUUCGGAGAGGUUUUCUUUCAUAGCAAGUAUUUGGUUCUUAUUUUUAACAUUAUAAUUAGUUCACCUUCCAACCUCUGAAGUUUAACAUAGGUUCAAAUCAAUAAUGUAUUCCCAUUAUUGCAUUAUGAAUUUCUGGGGGAAACA